AUCAAAACAAUUCGGGAGGUUUUCGAGGAUUUUUGAGAGAAAUUCCUUAAAAUGGGGCCUCGUAAAAAGUCUACAAGUUCCACAGAAUCGUCCUCGAGCUCGACAGAUUCCAAUUCGAACUCGUCCAGCAACAGUUCUUCUGAGAGUGGAAGCGAUUCUGAUAGCUCCAGUAGUGAUUCUAGCUCUUCUUCGUCGGCGUUCGAGGAGAAAAAUUCCAAAGUUGAUGAGAAAAAUGUUCGUCGUCGAAGUCAAGAUUCAACGGGAAACAAGACGCAAGUGUCGCAACAAUCGCAACAACAAGGCAGUAGCAGUCAAAAUCAGGCACAAAAACCGAAGGAAAAGGCUCCAAUCCUCUCUGGCAGUGUCCCUGCGAAAGUUUCGCAUAAAAGAUCCUCUUCAGCAUCGAGUCUCGAUGAUUCCUACGAGAAAAAUAAGGCAGUUGCUGCUGUUAACCGUAAAAAAAUGGGCAAUCCUUCAGCUGGCACGUCAUCCACGAUGAAAAAUAUUCCUCCAAUUACGGGGGGAAAAGUCCCGCCUUCCGUGAUAAAGCAACAACAACAACUGGCGCAGCAACAAAACGCCUCGAACGGCAAUUUAAAGCCAUCUGCCGGCAUGAAAGCGGCUGCCCAGCAAAAACAUUCGGCACAAUCUCAACGAAAAUCCACGAAAAACGAGCUAAAAAAGAAAGGACAUGAUUUAUCGGCGAGUUCAGACUCUGACGCGCCGCCCUCAUCGAAGCCAAUUCAAAAGCCAAAAGAACGACGAUCGUCAAUUAACACUUCAACAUCGGCUGGAACGUCAUCGAAGAAGUCAAAUUCGAGCCAACCGCAGCAAUCUCGUGGCAGAGGACGUCCCCGAAAAAAUCCUUUGCCAAAUUCGGGGCCGCCGAAACAAAAAAUUCCCACGUCGAAAGAAAUCAUUCCGUCAUCGACCUCAUCGUCGACCGAUUCGUCGUCUUCUGACUCGGAUAGUGAAAGCGAAUCGAGCAUCAGCAGCGUGAAAACGACGGAAAAGACGCCAACGACGAAAAAACCCGCACCAACGAAUCACGUAAAUUCCUCAAAUCACGUAAAUGACACAGAUGUGAAUAAAACUCCGGCGAAAACGGAUCCCGCGAAGAAAUUUACACGCAGUUCGAGUACCCGGAAGUCACGACACCUGCUCGGAAAGUACACAGAUACGGAAGAUUCGGAUGGCAGCACGACAAAAUCCAUCUCAAAAAGUCCCGCCAAAAGCAAAAGUUCGGCAUUUUACUUGGCGAAAUUCAAUUCGAAGAAAUCCAUCGACACCAAACCCAAAGUUGACGUCAAACAGGAGCCGGAACAGAAGCGGAUUUGUCCCUUUGAGGAUUGUGACUCGAAGGGACAUCUCGGAGGCGUCGAAGAAACUCACUUUACGGUCGAAGCAUGUCCGAAAUAUCACAAAGUAUCGAUUGCGGAGACGAAAGCGAUGUUGGCUGAGCGAAAAAAACGCGAUGAAGAGCGGAAAAAAGCCAUUGAAAUGUUCGACAAGACCAAAAAAAUUCUCACGAUGGAACAAAAAAUGUACCAAGCUAAAGUUAAAGAAGCUCGUUCCAGAUUUAAAUCUCCCACGAACAUGAAAGAACCAGAAAUUAAAGACGAAGAUCGUGAUCGCGAACCGAAUCUCAAGGGUUUCGUACCGGAAUACGAUUACCAAUUAUUCCGGCAGGCCCAGUGUGCAGCCUCGGAAAAUAUUGAAAACGAAUUGAAACUGCUGCCAGCGUCGAAAGGCACAAAGUACAUUACCAUGGGGAAGCAUUGCAUGCAAGUUUGGUAUCAGUCGCCGUAUCCGGAGGACGUUGCGCGACUUCCAAAGCUUUAUUUGUGCGAAUUUUGUCUGCGAUAUCAGAAAUGUGCGAUCGGGAUGAAACGUCAUGCUGCCAAAUGUUUAUGGCGACAUCCGCCAGGCGAUGAAAUUUAUAGAAAAGGGAAGCUCGGUGUGUGGCAAAUCGAUGGAAAGCGACAGAAGCAAUAUUGUCAAUUCCUGUGUUUGCUGGCAAAGUUCUUCCUGGAUCAUAAAACGUUGUAUUAUGAUGUCGAGCCGUUUUUGUUUUAUGUCAUGACGAUUGCGGAUGCCGAUGGAUGUCAUACCAUUGGGUAUUUUAGUAAGGAGAAGAACUCCUUCUUGAAUUAUAACGUCUCGUGCAUCCUUACGCUUCCGCCGUACCAGAGAAAGGGAUAUGGACGACUUCUCAUCGACUUUAGUUAUCUACUUACCCGCGUCGAGGGCAAAAUUGGAUCUCCCGAAAAGCCGUUAUCCGAUCUGGGUUUGAUCUCGUACCGGUCUUACUGGAAAGAUGUCUUGCUGAAUUAUUUGUGUUCGCGCAAGGGCAACACCCUGAACAUAAAGGAUAUUUCACAGGAAAUGGCAAUCAACUCUUAUGAUAUUGUGAGUACGUUGCAAGCACUUGGCAUGAUGAAGUACUGGAAAGGGAAGCACAUUAUUCUGAAGAAGCAGGACGUGCUCGAAGAAUACCAAGAAAGUCUUCAACACCGCGGUAAUUUCCCGAAAAUCGAUCCCUCAUGUCUCAAGUGGAUUCCUUGGAUACAACACAAUAGCACACCAUCCUAGCGCCAACCAAAUUACUAUCGAAGUAAUAACAAUAACUUAAUUAACUGCACUUUUUACAAUCAACUGCGACAAAUUUAAGAGAUACUUUCUUGAGUGCAUAGAAAAUAUGAAAAAUGUGCAACUAAGUGCAAAAAACUAUUAAAAAAAUUUCCGACGUAAAUUUAAAUAAAUUUUAAAAAACUUUGAUGUUUGUGA